AUGGCGAGCACAUCUUCUUUUUUAAGCCAUCCAGGUGGUCGCCCGAGGAAAUAUCGUACUCCUUCCCCCCCGCGACGCGCUAUCGAGCCAAUAUCUCCUCCCGCCUUCAAAUCUGAGCGCCAAUCGUUCUGGAACGAUCGCAGUGCCUUUUACCCUCGAGACUACAAUUCGAAUUCAUACAAUUCGCCAAGUGACCCUACUCGGCGAUCAAUUGGGGCUAGUCAUACUCGUGUCUCCUUUGGUCACCCAAAAGCCGGCCACGGUCAUCAUCGGGCUAGCUCCAGCAUUGAAACCCUUGCGAAUAUUGCGCUGGCCACAAGUCCAAGGUUCCCCUCUUUAUCGUUUGAUCCUCCGGGAAACUCAACCCGUACAGAAUCUUCCCCUUUAUUCCCUCACACCGAUGCGGAUUCUGAAAGACCUGCUAAACGCGCGCGGUCAGAAAAGGCAUCGCCUGCAUUCCAACAUGUCGACACACGGCCAGCAACUAGUCAUGUUACUACGGUACCUGACAGUAUGAAGACUGACGCCGAACUCCUCUUAAACUUUGCUCGACCAACUAAUUUCGCUUCUCCUCACCAAUUUUCGCAACCAUCCAAUGUCUUCGGCCAACCUUUUAAUCAGUUCGCAAAUGACCAAAGACUUCCAACGAUUAAUGGUGCAACUUCGACUUUUCCUGGCUUCAUAGCCGACACGCUACCAGGUAGUACUCAGUCCCCCUCGCGCUUACGAUCUCACUCAGACGGAUCGGCAGCUAUUGCGCGUCCACCUGUUCCCGGACUCCGACCAAAUACUAGUUCUUCGACAUUGCCUGGGGUUGCUUGGCACAACGAUGCUUUCCGAAAUCAUCACAAUCUGCAGGAUCCUUCAAGUCCUCCGGAUGAAAUAAACAAUAUGGCAAGUCCCCCAAAGCGGCGCCCUACUAUUACCAGCGAUACCGUGAAGACUGUUCCAGAAGCGAAAGAGGAGGAAGUCACACCAGAGGGAAACGCCCCAGCAAAUUGUGCAGCGUGUCAUUUGGUACGCGUAGAUAUCAAUACCGAAGACCAAGGAGAAGAUACGUGGAUCAAGUGCGACGGCUGUGAAAGUUGGUAUCAUAUUGUCUGCGCUGGCUUCAAGAAUGACCGCGAGGUCCGUACGGUCGACAAGUUUAUCUGUCGAAAGUGCCGGCCAAUCCAUGGUCAGACAACGUUUGUACGCAAAUCAUCUCGAGCAAGGACUGCUAUCGACUAUGCCGGUCUAAAUCAAGGUCUCGUCAAGAGUUCCACUGAUUCUUAUGAACAUCAUUAUAUUCAACCUAUCAAAGAUGGCAGGAUAAAAUUCUUACCCGAGAACUUCCCCCGUAUGCGAGCAGAGCUGGUGACUGCUGAAUAUUUCGAACGAGGUGUCGGUAUGACAGAACCCAUAGUUAUCCCUGCUGCGCUUAACCCUCGUACUUCUAUCGAUACGUCUGAGCUGGAUUCUGUCUUCGAUGGUCUUGCGGGCGAAGCAUCAACUCAAGAGAUGUUUGACGAGAUACUUGAGAAUCAGCCAGGCGAGCCUGAGAUCGUCAUUGAUUGUGGCCAGGAUGUUCUUGACAUGGUUGUCCCGCAGGGUCUAACAGUGCGCGCAGUUGCGGAACUCUAUGGCCCAGAAGAAAGAGUUGAGGUCAUUGACGUCAAAUCCCAGCAAGGAGAGGACAAGAGGUGGAAUAUGCAGAAAUGGGCUGAUUACUAUGAGAGCACUGGAAAGAAGAUUGUGCGGAACGUAAUUAGCUUGGAAGUGUCGCAAAGUCCUCUGGGCAAAUUGAUACGUCGACCGAAAAUCGUUCGCGAUCUCGACCUUCAAGACUCCGUUUGGCCGGAGGAGCUCAAAGCCGCUGGUGAUUACCCGAAAGUGCAGUUCUAUUGCUUGAUGUCAGUUGCAGAUUGCUAUACAGAUUUCCACAUCGACUUCGGUGGGUCUUCUGUCUACUACACGAUUCUUAAGGGAAAGAAAACUUUCUUCUUCAUCCCUCCAAAGGAGAAGCAUCUGAAGAAAUAUGAAGAGUGGUGCAACUCCCCGGCGCAAGAUACAACUUUUCUUGGGGACCAAACAAAGGAAUGCUACCGAGUCGAUUUAGAAGAAGGUGACACCAUGCUUAUUCCAGCUGGUUGGAUUCAUGCCGUGUGGACACCAGAGAACAGUCUUGUCAUUGGAGGCAAUUUCCUUACACGCAUGAACUACGGCAUGCAGAUCAAAGUUGCGAAGAUCGAAAAGGAUACAAAGGUUCCCCGCAAGUUCAGAUAUCCCUUCUUUCAAAAGAUUCAAUGGUACACUGCAUUGAAAUACCUGAAUGAUGACCCUGUUCCAGACUCCGUGCUUGACGCCUUCUCUCGUGAUGAGCACUAUCGAUUUUACCGACAAUUUCCCAUCUACUACGAGUUUGGGGAAAGAGAAAACCGUUCGGUUCUGGGGUCUCCAUACUAUAAUGCUCGCUUUUAUUCACAAGCAGAAUUGGAAGGGUUGCCUGAACUUUUAAGAUACCUUCUACGGACUGCACUCAUUGCUGGAGGAUAUUCGGUUGACGGGGUCACAGCAGAGGCAAGAAACGCCGUCAAACGUUCUAUCCCCAAAAUGCAGGGAGAUCCCAUUGAGGUUGCCAAAAAGUUUGCGGUGUGGAUAGCGUGGAAACGAGGAAACGAAACUGCAGCUUCAUGGACUCGACCUGGUGCCAUAUCCAGUACCUUUAAAAUCGACCAGGUCGAGAAAAGACCUGCUGGGCGUCCGAGUCGUCGAUCCGAGCGACAUGCGGAUGCUCAAAAGAUGUAUGCUGAAAGGCAGAGUCUUCAACUCGUAGCUGAACAGCCCCAGGAGCCCCAGAAUGCGUUCCCAAGCUCAACGCCGCAUCCUCCUGAUAACGUUUCGCCGGUUCUUCAACCUUUUCCUCAACUUGUUCCUGUGGCUAUUACACCUGCUGCUACUGCCCCGUCUAUCACUACUCCAACAACCUCUACUCCUGCUAUCAUGAAUCCUAUCGUCAAGGAGGAACCAGUUAAGCCUCGAACUACCAACAAGGGCUCCGGCUUAGGACCAAAGCGUGUUGCUUGCGACGCCUGUCGCAGGAGGAGAAUACGUUGUCGGCAUAAAGAUGAGCAAGCUGAUGGCUGGUCACUGGGAGUGUCUCCCAACCCGGCUCCUUUAGGCACUAUGUUUGAUUCUGUCGAUCCGCAACGGCAGUCAAUUUUAGCACGUGAUGCAGCUUCUGUGCUGAAUGCGCUGGCUUCUGUUGCCACUGAGACCACUCUUCAAGAUGGCAGCGAGCACCUGCCAUAUAACACUGAUGGUUUUCCUAGAGAUAACGUUGGCUUUUUGAGUGGAAUCUCACAAUCUGCAUAUCCACGUCCGGUGGAGGGAUGCGUCAACGGCAACAAUGGCGGAAAGAAGGGAAGAAGCAAGGCAUGUGAUGAAUGCCGAAAAAGCAAGCGUCGCUGCAUUCAUGACGAGUACGGCAGAAUUGAUCCCGUCAAAGCUCAAGAGCGUUCGAAGCCUCGUGCUACGUCGUCUGCAAAACGGCCGAGGCCUAAUGAAGAGGGUAUCGAUCUGGUGACGAAUAAGAAGGUCAAGACAGGUGUAACGGCUCCAGUCUCAGAUUCCGUCAACUAUUUUGAAACAGAUCAGGCUAUUUCAUCUUACCUUCCCGCAUCUAGUACACAUGUUCUACAGCAGGACCAAUACCAACAACAGUACUACAUGCAUGAUCCCGAUGGGAUAUCAACAGUUCAAUCUCCUCCAGAAGAAAGAUUAGAUCAAAAGAUUGAAAUGGCAGACAUCACUUAUACCGUUUCGCCCAAUCCAAAAAUCAACGGGGACGCGAGCGUGGUUUCACUGCAAAUGCAGGCUAACCAACAAAUGGCCAAUCCAUUAGCAUCUCCGCCUACCUCACUUUUGGGAGAAGCAGAGAUUCUUCCUCCGCAGCGCCCAGGCGAGGAACUCCAUGGUGGCAGCGUUACUGUCGACGGUGAGCAUGAGGCUUUACAUACACCAAACUCUAGUUCUCGUCACUCCUCUCGUCAACCACGCCAAGUUGAUCGAUUUGUCCCGGAACAACAAGCUGGAACAAAAUCGAGUACAACAGCGAAACAAUCAACGAUGACGAGCUCUUCUCGACAUCCUACAAAAGCCUCGUCGGUAACAUCAAGUCAUACAAAGAAAUCGUCCUCGCGACCAUCUUCAUCCCACGCCAAGAAAAGUACCUCACCUAGCGUUGAGAAAAAGUUGGCGCGUCCAUCAACAACAUCUCCUAACAGCAGCAAGAAUGUUAAACGCGAACGAACCAGUUUCACGGCCGAUGAUACCACAGAAGCGGAUGCGGAGAGUCUGAGAUUGAUCAGAGAACUGCAGGAACAGGACUUUGGUCUUCGACGAAGAGCUGCGCGUGUCUAAGUUGUCUCAUUUUCGUUUUCUUGAUUAUUUCUUUCAUUCGAUGUUUCCGGAUGAUUUAAUAUCACGGCAGGAGUCCAAGUUCAUAUUAUGUACCUUCCACGUUGUCGAUGACAGGUUACGAACUUAAUAUCCCUCUGUAUUUCGUUUCGUCUUCAUUUUUCUUUCUUCACCGCAUUUUCUCGAUUUAUUUGCUUCCAUUAUACCAGUCUUUAUCCGUUUCUUUUUUCUCCUUCCAACUUCUUGUUUAAUAUCAGCCAGUCGUUCCAUCUAUUUUCUGUGUCUCUGUCCCUCUCAUACUGUUAUUUUUAUCUAUGGCCUCCGUCGUCAUUUUAUUUCUUCCUGCGUAAUUCCGAUGAGUAUCUGGUUUGGUGUCUAUGGCUUUGGUGUUUGGUACUAGUUCUUUGUUGUAUCUAAUUAUCUCUUGGCAUUCAGUUAUUAGAUCACAAUGCUUUAUCUUCGUUUCCUUGAUUGUCAAUCCUUUUAGUGACUGAGUUUAGGACUGCUUGCGUACGUAGUCCUCAAUUAUGUAUUCGACAUCCUC